AUGAGCUCUUCCUGUAAAGUUCCUGAGGAUUAUCACAGCCGACCAGUUGCUAUCCUGGGUGGAGGUGUCCUAGGACGGCGAAUAGCUACAAGCUGGGUGGCAGCGGGUUACGACGUGUGUGUCAGGGACCCCGACGCCUCGCAGAGGAGAGCCUGUGAGAAAUAUGUCAGAGAAAACGCCCGCGACUUCCCGGCAGCCAAGUCAAACCUCAACGGCUAUGGUGAGAUAUCAACGCAGAUAGAGCUGUCCGAUGCGGUGCAGGGAGCCUGGCUGGUGAUUGAGGCCGUCCCGGAGAAGCUCCAGCUCAAGAUCGACACCUUUGCAGACCUUGAGGCUCAUGCGCCCAAGGAUGCGAUCCUCGCUAGCAACUCCAGCUCAUACAAGAGCUCUGAGAUGCUCGGAAAGAUCAAGUACGAGGCGACCAAGGCGCGUAUACUCAACACCCACUACUACAUGCCACCGACAAACAACAUCGUUGAGUUGAUGACAUGCGGAUUCACAGAUCCCGACGUCAUUGAGUUUCUUCGUGAAAGGCAGAUGGAGGCAGGAACGACGCCCUACGUGGCCCGCAAGGAGUCGACAGGCUUCAUCUUAAAUCGGCUCUGGGCGGCGGUGAAGCGAGAGACCCUCACAAUCUUGGCCGAGGAGGUAUCGACGCCCCAGGAGAUCGACGAGAUGUUCAGAACCAUGUUCAGGACCGAGAUGGCGCCAUGCAAGACGAUGGACGACGUUGGCCUGGACACGGUCGCAUUUAUCGAGUCGCACUACGUUGCGGAGCGCGGACUUCCCGCGGAUAAGACUGUCGAUUUCGUGCAGAGAAAUUACGUCGACAAGGGAAAGUUGGGUGCGAAGUGCCAACAGGGAGGUCUAUACCCACGUGUCCCCCGCCUUCUGGUCCUCGACCUCGGACUGGCUGCUACCAAGAUCUCACCGGCCCCGGGCUUCGUGCUGGAGAUUUCAGGCGACGGCAAGAACCAGAAGGUCCUCGCCAAGAGCCAGGCAUACCCGGACGGCAUCGACCUUGACAAGUCCUCAGGGCGGAUGUUCUGGACGUGCAUGGGCUCGCCCGGCCGGCCCGACGGCGAGGUCUUCUCCGCGAACCUCGGCGACGGCUCGGACGCCACGUGUAUCGUUCCCAAGGGCGCGGUCAACACCCCCAAGCAGCUGGUCGUUGAGCCCGAGUCCAAGAAGCUGUACUUCUGCGACCGGGAGGGGAUGAGGGUGCUACGCUGCAACUACGACGGCGGUGAGCUCGAGACAAUCAUCAAGACGGGUGACUCGGAGGCGGAGGGCUUUGCAGACCAGACAAAGUGGUGCGUGGGCAUUGCCGUCUCUCGAAAGCAUAACAAGUUCUACUGGACGCAAAAGGCAGCCUCGAAGUCCGGAAAGGGUCGUAUUUUCUGCGCUAGCAUCGACACGCCCGCCGGGCAGGAGGCUGAGAACCGGACAGACGUCCGGCUCCUUUUGGACAAUCUGCCUGAGCCCAUUGACCUCGAGGUUGACGAACUCAACGAGACACUGUACUGGACCGACCGUGGUGAGUUGCCGCUGGGUAAUUCCGUGAACAGGGCAGUCUUGGACCCUGAGUCUGGCUUGGUGGUCAAGAACGACAGUGGGACGUCGCACGAGGUGCUUGUGAGACACCUGAACGAGGCAAUUGGGCUGAAGCUUGAUUUGGAAGCUGGUCACAUGUAUCUCACCGACCUCGGUGGAUCCUUAUAUAGGUGUAACCUGGACGGCUCUGAGAAGCAGAAGAUCUAUAGCUCUGAUGAGCGAGCACUGGCAGGGAUCACAAUAGUGUAA